CGAAAAGAGACGGAUUUCAACGGAGAGUAUUCGAAUCACUGUCGAAUCUACUGAAUCUGGUUAUCUGUCGGCCCGAGUCUGCUCGAGUAACCGUGAUCUCACGAGUUUGUCGUUCGAUCUUUAUCGAGGUUCGAUACUCUUUGAUCGUUGGCACUCGCUGUUAUUAUAUUUGGAAAGUAAAGUGGGCAGAAGAAUUCGGAGCUCCUUACCGGAGACAGAUUCUUCUCGGCCAAGAUGAUAAGAAAUGGCAGGAUCGCGAUGAACGUCCGGCUGCCCCUGGUCGACUGAUCGUCAAAGACAAAUCGAGAAAGGGCGAGGGGAGGCUUUCUUUUGCACCAGCGGGAUUGAAAAAACGAUGUACGAGAGGAGCAAGUGAGAAUUCCUUUUUUUGCGUGUUCUCCCCCUUUUUUUUCGGUGAUCUCUAUCACAGAGAAGAUGUGCCUGCGACACUUGCUACUCUGCCUGCUGGUGGGUGUCAUCGUCAUCGUGAACGAAUCCGAGGCCAGUUGGGACGAAUGGUGGACCUACGACGGAAUUUCAGGACCUGCGUUUUGGGGACUGAUAAAUCCCCAAUGGUCUUUGUGCAGCAAGGGAAGGAGACAGAGCCCUAUCAACAUCGAGCCUGACAAGCUUCUCUUCGACCGCCACUUGAGACCCGUGUUGGUCGACAAACACAAGGUUUCCGGCCAUUUGUACAACACCGGCCAGUUCCUGGUGUUCAGGGCCGAUCGGGAGGCGAAGGUGCGGGUCAAUAUAACGGGUGGGCCGUUAGCUUAUCACUAUCAGUUCGAGGAGAUCUACAUACACUAUGGGAUGGAUAACGAUCAUGGAUCGGAGCAUCGCAUUAAUAAUUACGCUUUCCCCGCCGAGAUACAAGUGUACGGGUACAACGCGGAAUUGUAUCACAAUAUGAGCGAGGCGCAGCACAAGAGUCAGGGGCUGGUGGCGAUCUCGUUGAUGGUGCAGCUAGGAGAGACGUUAAAUCCUGAACUGCAGAUUAUAACCAGCGUGUUCAACAAAGUUAUAUAUCGAGGCGAUGCUGCGCCCGUACGUCACCUGUCUUUGAAGAGCCUCCUUCCAGACACGAACGGUUACAUGACUUACGAGGGCAGCACGACUCACCCCGGUUGUUGGGAGACGGCUGUAUGGCUGAUCCUCAACAAACCUAUUUACGUAACAGCGCGAGAGCUUUACGCACUAAGGAAACUAAUGCAGGGGCCUCCGACCACCCCGAAGGCGCCCCUGGGAAACAAUUCGAGGCCGUUACAGGAUCUUCAUUACAGGACUAUACGGACGAACAUCGAUUUUCGCAAGAGACCAGAUGCGAAGUGUCCGUCGAUGGCCCAGGACAUGCACUAUAGAGAUGACUUUUUCUUUCCAGCGAACACGUGGCAGGACGAUGGCUCCCUCUCGCACAACGUCGUCUGAAUCGGCCUCCAAACGCGAAACCGCAGAGACAUUUCCGGCUUUCAACGCGACAGGUUCACGCGGAUAUUUUCCUAAAAAACCGUUGUGCAUAAGCUUGAAGCAUGGUCACGAGAAAAACUUCAGGGGAACGCUCGAUUCGUCCAAUUGCAGAUAUUCAAUUCCAUCGAUCCUUUCCAUCGAUCGUCGCCGAGGGACGACGAAGAUUGGAGGGAUAAUAGGAUUAAGAAAAUUCUAAUUAAUUAACACGUGUCCCGAAUUUCGAGUUCUCAGAGAUGUUCUGUUUGAUUUCGAGAAUAGAGAUAAAUCGAUAGUGAAAUUUUGUGAGAAAUUCGUCAGGGGAGAAAAAAAUUUUCAUCGAUCCUCUUCGUUCCAGGGACAAAGUUUCGAGGAUAAUUCCAAUGAAUAUUAGCGAAAGAACGCUGUCGCUGUCACGUACAACUUGUUCAAAUUAACGCAAAAUUUUACAUUCUCAAACAGUUAUAUUUUACCAGUUUUUAAUUCCAAAUAGCCCCUUUUUUUUUCGCAACAUCCUCCAAAAAGAAAAGAAAUUACACGAAAAUUUCAACUGUACGAGACACGAUGUGAUGAAAUAACGAAAAUGCGAUAAUUGCAAUAAGAAACGAACGAUCGAUCGAAGGUGUACGCGUUUCGAGGAGGCGGCGAUUUGCCUCGUUUCCCCGUUGCAGCUGCAUCCCCGUUCCUCGCGAAAGGGGGUGGAAGAUUCACGAGCUAGCAGGGACGGGUUCCAGAGGCGGCUCGUUUCUCGAGCUAUCGCGACCGGACCGAUUCUGACGGGGAUGAUAAGUGUGUUUGAGCGCAGCUGGAAUUUGUAUUUGUCGCCUGAACACCAUCCGGAAAUCGUUCUCGUCGUUCUUUCGGGGGAUGAAGAGGGGGGGCGCCUCGAAAUCGAGGCGGGCGUGCAAUGGAAAUAUUUCCUUGGAUGCUCGCCUCGACCGACGUCCAACGCCUCUAAUUGAUCGUGUUCUCCUCGUCCACGAUUUAAUCCGAUUCAACGUGUAUUUUUCUGCAAACGGAUUCUUUCUAUCCGGUGGUCAGAUUCGAAAGUAAGGAGACCUCGUUCGAAAUGGUGAUUCUUUCUUUUUUUUCUUUUUUUUAAUUAAUUUUUUUAUAAAUAAAAUGUAACAGAUAUCUGCACGAAUUGUUUUCAGUGAUCGUUGGCUGUGGAUUACGCGAAAUCUAAUAAAUGUUAAACGAAAAUGGAUUUCAAGAGUAAGGCAAGUUUCUUUCAUUUUUUGUUUGUUGGUAAUAAUUUUUACGAAUAAUCUGAUCGACGAAUGAAAUUUUCAAUGUUUCUUCUGCUUAACUUAAUAAUAAAUUCGUGGUUCAAUUUUUCUAUCGUCGUAUCUCACGAGACUUAAGUUAAUUAUAUUUCGAAUAUAUUUUUGUAUCGCUAUCAUCGAUUCGAUUCUUUAUAUUUCGAAUCAAUACGAAUUUCAAUCACAGAGAAAUCAGUCUCGCUUACUUUUAGAUCGGACACGUGGAUUACGAUUCGAAUGGAAAACUUGAAAUUCUUCUGCAAAAUUCGAGGUAUUACCAUACCAGGGGGAAAAGUUUGAGAAAAGUUUCUACAAGUAGUAAAACGAUAGAAGAUUUGCCAUGAUUGUAUAUAUAUAUAACGUGAACGUGAUCGCUUUGCGAAUCUACUAAUCCGAACUCUUCUCAUAGUUUUAUCGCAGAAAAAUCGCAGAAUUAUUUUUUAGCGAGAUAAAUCGAAAAAUCAUUGAUGUGCGGUAGGUUUAUUCAACACUACGAAUAAUAAUAAUAAUAAUAAUGAUUAAAGAAAAAGAAGAAGAAAAAGAAAAAAAAAGAAACACUCGCCACAUAAUUCUAUAUUUAGAAAAUAAUUCGACGAAAAUUUCGACGAAAAGAAAAGGAAAUAAAAGAAUAAUUUUGUUCGACCGUUUACAAAGUGUAUGUAAAGUAUAAUAGUUAAAAACUUCGCCAAAGAGUGACCACGUAUAUCGUCCUUCCCGCGAUAUUUUUUUAUUUAACAAUCAAAGAACAAUCGUGUGCCUGUCGCUAUUAGCAGAGAGAGAGAGAGAGAGAGAGAGAGAGAGAGAGAGAGAAAGAGAGCGAGAAAGAGAGAAUGCUCGUUCCGCUUCUGAAUAAAAAAAAAAAGAGAGGAAGAAAAAAUAAAUAAAUAAUAAUUCAUCGAUUAAGUAGGAUACGAAUGUGAAAUUUUGUCGACUUACUUGACAGGUUUUUGUCAAUUAUUUUGUAGCCAAUAUACGUAAACGAGAGAGAGAGAGAGAGAGAGAGACGAGAGAUGAACGAACGACGAUUAGAAAACGUGUCAAUGUAAGGAAAUUUUUGAAAAACGAGAAAGAAAAAAAAUUUCCUCGAGCGGAACGAGCGAUUCGAAGAAGAAUAAUUGGAUGUUUUAGGGGGAUGAGAGUGAGAAAGGGUGAGAAGUUAGAGUGAAAAAAAAAAUGAAAAAAAAAUGAAAAAAAAAAGAAAAGUGAGAGAAAUAGAGUCGCGUGCUAGACCAACAACCGCAAGCGCGAGGAAAAAAAUAAGUGAAUAAAUAAAUAAAUUGGAUUGUUCGUAGCUUUAGCCGAAUGGACGAAUGAUCCAUCGCUUUUGUAUAUAAAAAAAAAAAAAAUAAAAAUACAGGAUACUAAGAGGAAAACGUAAGAAAAGGAACUAACUAAUUAAAUAGGCGUAAGCAGAUUUAAGAGGAUACUUUAGAGGGGGAAAUGGAGAAAACUGUGUAUAGAAACUAACAUUGUAUCAUACGAAAGUGAAAAGUGUUUAAACGAUUGUGGUUAAUGACUAAUGAUAAUAAUAAACGCAACGUUAUAUUGUA